CGGGGCUGUCCUUAGAUACUAUAAAAUCAGAAACUGUCUAAAACCUUGUGCUGUAUACACAUUUGUGAGCAUGAAAAGCCAUAGCAGUUUCCAGCAAGAAAUGAUCUGCAGCUGUUACAUUUAGAGGUCUGCUGUGACUACAACAGUUCUUCCUCAGUGUUUACACCACACCCAUAGGUAAAAGGGACACCCCAUUGGCUUCUUGCCUGCCAAGAUAAGCAGCCCUGCCUGUCCUCAGGGCUGCUGUAAUGUGAUAUGGCAGUUUAUGGAGUUAACCCAAGGACUUUGUGUAAAGAACCAACUUGCAGCAAAGUAGAAGAUUGGAAACUUUUUCUGCUACUCUGUGGAGUGGAAGGUCAUGUCUCAUUUGAAAGGGAAGGUCAUAAAAUGUUAUGCUAAAAAUGACAGAGGACAGAAAGUGCUACCAUCACUCAUAACAUAUGCCAUCAAAAGGAUAAGAGAUGCCUUUAGAGAAAACAAGAACAUAGCAGAUUCUGAAAAAAUAGAAGAACUACUGAAUAAAGCCAAAGCAAACCUAGAGGUUAUUCAACGGCAGGUUACCAUUGACCAGCUGUACGCCACAGAAAAACUGGUCAUUGAGAGUCCAGGAAACACAUAGCCAAGAAAAGCCUCUGAUCCUGAAACAACACUGGACCAUCUUCAGCAUCCUACAGUGCCACAUACAGAAACUGCACAUGCACAUCUGAGCUUGUCUGUUCAGCAUAACAAAUGCCUGAGAGACUGUUUUUGGCAACCAAAGUUCUAUUUUCUAAAGGGUCACAUGUUCUAAGAUAAAUGGCUGUGAUUUAUAAUAGUAUGUAAGGUAGUCUUGGAAUCUGUUUGCUUGUGUGUCCUAUGUCAUGGAAUAGUUCCUGCCCUAUUUCGACAAUAAAACUCCAUUAUACUACCUGCAACCAGCUA